AUGCCGCCCCCGCGUAUAGCCCUUGUGAAUCCGAUUGCAUCACGUGCUCCUCCUGUUUCAGUGGAAUGCGCACACAAGAUGCUUGAGGACACACCUAUUACGAGGUUACGAAUAGGUAUGAAGGAAGUUUUGCGCUUAACCCGGACGCGUUCAACUAGCCUGGUAGCCAUCUUCUCCACGCUUCCUCUGCGUAACUUGCCGCUUCUUUUGGCUAUGACAGCUCUGCAUAAAGGAGUGCCAUAUACAGUGCUCCCUCCUAGUGACGAGUUUCGAAAACGAGCAAUCAAGGAGUUCAAGAUUGCCGGCGCUCCGAUUGCUGUGGCCAUCGUCGGUGCUCCAAACAAUGACACCACUGUAGUAAGCACCGCAUCUAAAAACGGGGUGCUUCUCAAAGAGCAAGGCUGUGUUUACACCUAUGUGACCAAUAAUAAUAACACACGAAAAGCAUAG